GAGCGUUGAGACAGUAAUUGUCUUCGUGACUAUUCGCAAUCCACUAUCAGAUUGAUCCAAACUCGGCAGCUUUCUGAGCGAUUAUUCGAGGCUGAAAUUGUUGCUACACACAUCAUCUGUGCACGAGUUAAGGAUGUACGCAUAUUUGCCGAUUUGUAAUUGACAGAUGAAACCCGUGAACGUUUCGUCCGUUCGCUGAAACAUAUGACAAACCGAAAAUAGGGCACAUAAGGCCAACCGAUUAACUGAUUAACGAAGACGCAAAAUUGAUCCAGAUCGAAGUCAUGAGUCAAGACGUAACAAGAAUUCCAUGGUAUGAACUUUUUUAAAGACUGCUUGAGAGGGUAGCUCAGAUUACCUUCCAAACCAGAGGAAUAAAACAGUCGAAUUCAUGGAAUGAUUUACCACGAUGAUUAAAGGCAGAAAUCUGGUACGAGAGAUGAUAUAAAAACUGACGGUGGACUUUUGUUGAUGAGGAAAGGGUACCGGCGGUUUACACUCAACACAAACGCUGUGAUUUUGAAAAGGACAGUGAUUGUGUUACAUUUAAAAAAUCGCAUAGCGGUUUUUGAAGCACAACACUUUAAAUCCAAGAAGAACCGUCUGCAUUUUGAAUAACGUAUUUCGGAGAACAUAUCAUGUGCGUUGUUUAUCCGCCAGUUUUGACACUAAUUAAUUCCGAGAGAUAAUUCGCACACCUGUGAUGCUGACUGAUAAUUAGUGAUUUUCGUUACCACCGGCCAGUUCGUGUUACAUGCCACUGCGCUUUGGUUGUAUGGAUAUGAUUCAAUUGCAUCUAAUGAAAUCUAAAGUUCAACAGGCAAAAACUAUUGAUCACUAAGUACUUUUACGUGCACGCAAUUAAUAUGAACUAUAGCACCGAACAUCUGCGAUUUACCGAGUGUUUAUUUCAAUCGCCUAAAUUGAAGUGAUCCACUAUUGUCUGCGACGCUCACGCCUGUUUCGAAACAUUUACCAUGUCGGUUCUCAGUAGCACGUCAACAUCAUUCACACCUCUUCCGCCUAUUUCCGGAAAUGCGUCGACGUCACCGGAUUGUCUUUCGCGAGGAAUAAAGAAGAGACUUUGCCUCUCGGACCGAAUACUAUUCGCAAAGGCUCGUCUGAAUCGCGUCUCGCAGCGUAAGAAACUCUUGAUCACAGACGUCCAUGAGGACCGUUUCCCGGAAAAUGCGAGUCUUUCCCAUGACGAGAUGCUUAUGGAAGCAGCAAAGGCCGGUAAGGAUACCAAGGUUAAAUCUCUUAUUGCUGAAGGCUGUUCGGUGAACUCCGUGGACGAUCAAGGACGCUCGGCGCUACACUGGGCCUCGGAGUACGGGUACAUGCGGGUCGUGUACACGCUAGUAGACGCUGGCUGGGAUGUCAACCUGCUGGACAACAAGCGACACUCGCCUCUGCAUGUCGCCUGUGACCACCGCAACGGCAAUGUGGCGGCAUGCCUUAUCUCAAAUGGAUCUCGAAUACGUACCGUCGAUCUGAAUGGCUGCACACCGCUGCAUCGCGCAAUACACACAAACCUAGAAACAAUCGCUUGCAUGUUGUGCAACCUCGGGGCGGAGGUGAACGCUAAAACAAAAACAGGUUGGACGCCUCUGCACGAGGCUGCGCGAGUGGGUAACGAAUAUGUUGUUCGUAAACUGAUCAAAGAUGGUGCUAACGUCAACGCGGUAUCAGAACAGAACGGAACGCCGUUUUUAACCGCCGUUUUCUACUACAGAAUUUCGCACCGUGCUUCCUACACGUGCCUGGAGCCCAUACUCGGUCAGCUCAUAGAGAAAGGCUGCCAGCUGAGUUUAACGGACGGCCAGUGGUCUCCCCUGAUGUCCGCCAUCUCUGUGUCCAACAGCCGAAUCGCCGGCAAACUCAUCUUCCACGGCUGCUUACUUCCGGAAGCUCAAGGGUACGGACGCAGCCUUCUAGUGGACGCGUUCACCAAGUGUGACGACUUCGUGGUGAAGCUGCUAGUCAUGGCCGGAUACAGAGUGACGCCAGAAGAGGUCGAACUGUGCUCAAAAAGAAUCCCCACGUUUUCGUUAUCCUUCCUCAAACUAGCGUUUCAAGGAUACAAUACAAGAGGAAGACACGAAAUUGAAAUCCUGAAAUUCCUCCGAGAACGCGCACAGCAGCCAUUUUCGUUACAAGAACUCUGCCGGAAGUCAAUCAGGAUUGGCCUCAACCGAGCGUCAGGUGACUGUUCUAUGUUAGGCCGCAUUCCGCUCUUGCCUUUGCCAACAUGCUUGAAGCAUUUCAUCUCCUUGCGAGACUACGCCAUAAGUUUCGUGUAAACACAAGUCCCAAGAUGAACAUUGUUAGAUGAUUGAUGGCAGUGAUAUAAAGCAUAUUCAUUCACGCGUUUGCUGUUGUUUUAUUUUGGGCUCAAAGCCACUUUAAUAAAACAAAAGAUUCAGUCAAUGAGGUAAGACAUGAAACCGCCAACCGGGAAGUAGAUCACAUUUUGCAAACUGGUGACAUGAUUGGAGUAUAAUGUGUAUUUAAUUGUAUUAAAAAUGCCAGGUCUCUUAACUGUGGGCCUCGCUAUGGGAAAAGCGGGCUUUAUGCACGGGUGUGAAAUCUUUGAUAGCCCUGUGUCGUCCGCACUAUUAAUCAGGAUCACUACUUUACGCUUUAUGAUAUUUAGGAAGUUUCAGCCCUGAUAACCAUUUCGAGCAUACGUUACACUCUUUUUGUUAGAGCGGAGAUCAUAUAUAAAUUUACUUUUUAUACUUAUGUAGCCGAUUCAAGCACAUAUUAGGCAUUGUAUCAUUUAUUUUUGUAUGUCUUUACUACGAAAAAUAUGCAAAACAACUUACAUAUUGGGUAUUUCCCUAGUUAUCUGUUCGGUCAUCUUAUUGAUAGGACAAAUCAAAACGUUUUGAUAUACAUAAUUAAAUAAUUGUUUUACACAAUUAAGCAACAUUCUUUUUAAGGGAAUAUUUUUUUUUUAAUUGUCAUUUACAAAUCAUAUUUAGCAAAUUUGAUACUUUUUAACCAGAAUUAUAUGUUUACAAGCAAAAUCUAAUGCGCUUUUUGACAUACAAACAUAUUUAUUUUACAAAUAUAUAUAAAUAACUCAAAUAUAAUCAGAUAUAUAUUUCAAAAUUUCCAAUAUAUUGGGGUGGCCGAAUCUUAAGGAAUGGAUGCAACUAUUUGAACGUAAGACACAACUCGAAUGAUUAUGUAUAAUAAAAACGGAUUCGUUCAGUAUGGUAUAUAUCAUAGCCUGAUUAAUAUUUUUGAUCGCUGUUUUGAUGCCUGAAACUGGACACAAGUCAUGUAAAUGUAUUGAGUGGAAAAAUGAAACGGUAUAAUUUAACAUGCAUCACAUUCAUAACAAGGGCUGUUUGUAAAACAUGCAUGCCCCCAAUAUGGGCUCUCCAUUGUAGUGACAGCCAUGGUGUGAAUAUGUUUUUUGUCACUAUGACCUUGACCUUUGACCUGAAAAUCAAUAGGGUUCAUCUGUGAGUCAUGAUCAAUCUACCUAUCAAGUUUCCUGAUCCUAGGCAUAAGCGUUCUUCAGCUAUCAUCCGGAAACCAUUUUACCGUUUCGGGUCACCGUGACCUUGAACUUUGACCUAGUGACCUGAAAAUCAAUAUGGGUCAUCUGCCAGUCAUGAUCAAUGUACAUAUAAAGUUUCGUGAUCCUAGGCAUAAGCGUUCUUGAGUUAUCAUCCGGAAACCAUUUUACCAUUUCAGGUCACCAUGACCUUGACCUUUGACUUAGUGACCUCAAAAUCAAUAGGGGUCAUUUGCGAGUCAUGAUCAAUGUACCUAUGAAGUUUCAUGUACGUAGCCAUAAGCGUUCUUGAGUUAUCAUCCGGAAACCAUUUUACUAUUUCGGGUCAUCGUGACCUUGACCUUUGAUAUAGUGACCUGAGAAUCAAUAGGGGUCAUCUGCGAGUCAUGAUCAAUCUACCUAUCAAGUUUCAUGAUCCUAGGCAUAAGCAUUCUUGAGUUAUCGUCCGGAAACCACUUUACUAUUUAGGGUCAACGUGACCUUGACCUUUGACCUAGUGACCUCAAAAUCAAUAGGGGUCAUCUGCGAGUUAUGAUCAAUGUUCCUAUUAAGUUUCAUGAUCCUAGGCCCAAGCGUUCUUGAGUUAUCAUCCGGAAACCACCUGGUGGACGGACCGACAGACCGACAUGUGCAAAACAAUAUAGCCCCUCUUCUUCGAAGGGGGGAAUAAUUAAUGUAAGAGUUGAAACCAUUUAGUCUGUUUUAGUGUUAACCGGUUUUGCAUAUUUUUUAAGUAUGCCAUUGUCAUAUGCCACCCAUGAAGCUGCAGUACUAUAUGUGUAGUGUAAUAUUAUUAUUUAUUAUAAGUUAAAUGUUAUAUUUGAAGUGCAUCCAGCCAUUUAUAACCUGUAAUAAUUAUGUGCCAAGUAUUCAACUAUCAUAGUACACGUAGUACUAAUAAAGCUUUUUUACAUCCA